UGACUGGCCAGGUGGAUGGAGUUCCGUCACUUCCCCAUCUCCUUCCUCACAACGAACAAAUCAAGUCCGGAGGUAUUUAAAGCGCGAGCUCCUCGUCACUCUCGCUUCUUCUUCUCCCUUCCCCUCGAUCUUCACCGCGAUCCCCGAUCACCGGAUCCGACGAUGUCCACCGGUGUCCUCUUAUCCCUCCCCUCGCCGUUCCUCGCCUCUCCGGCCGCCCGCUCGAGGCUCCAAUGCCGCCCUCCCCCUCUCGCCCCCGUCGCCCGCGGCGGUCCAGUCACCGCCCCUGCCCUUAGGCUGCUUGGCCCUGCUCUUCCCAUCACGGGCAUGCCGUCGAUGGUUAAGAAGGCAAAUAAAAGGCUUGGUGGAGUGACAUGCUAUGCUGCGCCGCUCAGUCCGCAUACGGUUCAAUGGGUUUCUGCUGUCUCCAUCGCGGUACUAAUGUUAGCCAAAGGCACAGCAAUCCAUAAAUCCUUUCUUCUCCCUCUUUUUGCUUUGCAAGCACCUUCAAGUGUCAUUUCAUGGAUCAAGGGUGACUAUGGCACAUGGGUUGCAUUUUUGGCAUUUCUGGUCCGUCUUUUCUACUACAUUCCAGGCCAACUUGAGUUGCCUUUCUUUACAAUGUUGCUUGUCAUCGUGGCUCCUCAUCAGGCCAUGAACUUAAGAGAUACUCAAUCUGGUUCAAUCGUGUCCUUGGCAAUCGCAGCCUAUCUAGCCUUUCAGCACUUCUCCAAGGUUGGAAGCGUGAGAAGUGCUUUCGACAAAAGCUCCAUCGUAGCAACGUCAGCCAUCAUCUUCAUCACCAUCAUCCCUUGCUUGUUCCUGCUCUGAUCCUCCUCCGACAAGAAGCCGUCAAACAUAAUAAUCUGUGAGCCCGAGUCCACCACGUACUCAUCUUCCAUAGGUUUACCUCCUGUUGGCAUGUUAUCUAGAAAAGUUUCUACUGAAGCUUCCAUAUAUUCUAUAAUGAAUUUCUUCUGUAAAUCGUCAAAUUCGAUAUGGCCCUUCAUCACUAAUUCCUUAGUUUGGAUGGAUGAAUUCCAAAUAAAUUGUCCAACCUCGUGAUUUCCAGCAAGUUGUCGCAAAUAUGGAGACAAAUCCUUGACAGUUUUGGCUUUGAUGGUGCCCUUUCAGGCUCCAUGCUGCCAAUCUCGUGCUGAGUUGCUUUGGGAUCCGGGAAAAGGAUGACGUGGUGGACGAUAGUGGUGCAGUCGGAGCGCUCUAAUCAAUGCUUCGUAUCUCAAAUUGGACAGGUAAUCUCGAACGCGUUAUCGACUCAGCACGCGUCGUCCGCACUCGACUCGUUGUCUUAUCUGCUCAUUUUAUUUUUCGAGUUUUCAUUCAUUUUAUUAAUUGCCAGCCAGUGGAGGGGAAAUCUGUGGUCACCCCUCCCUCCAUCGCCGAUCUCGAUCCCUAGGCGCAGGUCAUUAUGUCGAAGAUGGGUGCUGACAAACAGUUGGAUCAAAAUGAGGAAAAUGGCAUGCCGUCAUCCCAACAAGAGGAACAAGCAAUAAAGAAGAAAUAUGGAGGAAUGAUA